GCAACCGUGAGAGCGAGCAACUAAGAUGGCGCAGCUCUCAGAUGAUACCAAAAUGGAAUUUAAUGAUUAUGGAAUCCCUUUGGAAAUCGUCCCGCGCUUAAGCUGUACUGACCCUGAAGCGGAUCGGCUAAUCGCAAACAUGAUGCCUGUAGUCCUGACUGACACCAACUUGGUCACGUCGGCACUUAAGUGGGAUUUGGACUACCUCUCUAAGCACAUGGGAAGUGGUGACUGCACUGUGUAUGAAUCAGAUUCCGUUAUCUUCAAGUAUUACGACGAUGCCAAGGUCAAGGAACAUCGACUCAAAAACUUUUCCCCGCCAACUCGUCGACGGGAGAUGAAAAUGGGGCAGUUUGCAGAGCAAUUGAGGAAUGCUGGCCGAACCAAGUACUACUUGCAGCAGUCCUUGAAUGAAACAGUUGGGCGGAACAUAGUGCUGGACUUCCUCAGCUUUAACUGGGAGUGGGUCAACCGACAACAGAAGCAAAAUGGCUGGGGCCCUUUGACGUCAAACCUUCUUCUUGUUGCCACUGAAGGCAACAUUACACCUGUGCACUAUGAUGAACAGCAGAACUUCUUUGCCCAGCUGAGGGGCUACAAGCGGUUUCUGCUCUUCUCCCCUGAUCAGUACAAAUGCCUGUACCCUCACCCAGUGUGGCAUCCUCAUGACCGACAGAGCCAGGUGGACCUGUCCAAUCGAGAUUUGGACCGUUUUCCCUUGUCUGCUCAACUGUCUGGAUGGGAAGCCAUUGUCGGUCCUGGUGAUGUCCUCUACCUUCCUAUGUACUGGUGGCACCAGGUAGAGUCCGCACCCCACAAAGGCUACACUGUCUCGAUCAACUUCUGGUACAAGACUGCACCAGCAGACAAAGUCAUCUACCCCCUGAUUGGUCAUCAGAAAAUGGCUAUCAUGCGAAAUAUUGAAAAAAUGCUUAUUGAAGCACUCAAGGAUGUCAAUGAGGUUGGCCCAUUACUAAGAGCUAUGGUGCUUGGAAGAUAUACAUGAGUUUCUGUUUCUGCGUCCACUCAUUGUCUGCUGCAAGUGUAAAUGGCUGCUUUUCCAUGCUUUUAAAUUAAUGGUCUUGUCAUGCAGACGUUUUUCUGCAGACUUCGGUAGGCGUUAGUUUAACUUAUUUACCCUGCAGUCUAUUGCUGCAGUAUGGUGACAUAUUUUUUUUAUUAGGUCAAGGUCAAUAAAUUGCAUCAUGUUUUA